AUGUUUUCCCGGGUCCCGACCAACGUCGUUGGAUCCGUAAAUUUCCUAUGUACGCUCACAGCGCUUGAGGUAUUGGAAGAUCAAGCCAUCAGAUCAUCGUCAAUCAUCAUGGCAAAGAAGGCCAAGGCUCGUCUGGUGCAUGCGCGCCUCGUUUCCAUGGCCAUGACUGGCUUCUUCUAUACCUUCAAGCGUCCUAGAACCGCACCCAUGAUGAGCAUGUUGAAAUACGAUCCCAUCGUGCGAAAGAAGGUCUUGUUCCUCGAGACCAAAAAGAGGAAAUAAACAUCCACCCAAUCUCGUUCGCCGAUACCUUGUCGAUACAAGACUUUCGACUCCUCCUUCUCUUGCCUGAGCUAGAAACAGCUCGAUAGCCGGCUGCCAUCACGUACGCGCCAUGUAACACUACACUAAAGAGCAUUGCUGGAGUUUGGGCCCCAGGAUCCUCGCUCUACCGAUGCGACUCAACAUGUACAACAUAGACUACAACUAUAUCCUCACGACAUGGCUGCACUGGCAUGCCACUGAAUUUAACGAUCGGAAUCCAA